AUGGUUCUGCAACUCGCACGCAAGCUCGCAGCAACUGUACUCGGUCAAGACCCACACGAUCCAUUAGCUGCGCAGGAACUGCAGAAUGCCGGGGUGCCGGUGUCAGAAGCCAGCUGCAGAACAUGUGCGGAUCCUUGCGACGAAGGUCAUGAGGAAUAUGCGAAGCGAUUCGACGUGGAUAUGGAAUCGGAGAUGCGUGGGUCUGUCAAGCCGUAUCGAAGACAGGUCCUAAUCUCAACGGGUAAAUCGGACUGGGCACGCGAAGUCACCUACGUGAGCGACUCGCUCGCAAGAUACAUCAGCAACGCCGAAGACAAACAUUCAAGUUCAGUCAAGAAAGCUUCUCAUUCGCCUACGUUAUCUCCCAUAGACUCAAAGAAGACCGAAAAGGAUAAUCAUAGUCACCCUACAGGAGUUCACUCCUACAAACCCACAGGCCGUCUCUCCAUAUUAAACGGCUCACAUACUUCGCGUGCAGACGACCCAGAUACACAUGCAACGGUGCUCGUCUUACCAGAUUAUGUCGCCGUGUCAAAUGUCCCACUCAGCGCCGCAGGUGCAGACGCAUUUUGGGCACACGCACUUGACCCGGCUGUCCCACGCGCUGGGACAACCGCGACGCCGAAUGGAGGAGAGUUCAAAAGUUGGACGUUGCCGUAUGACUGUCUCAUCUUGUUAUGUUCACAUAAGAAACGGGAUGCGCGAUGUCACAUCGCCUCGUUGCGACUAGAAGAAGACUUCUUACGAACACUCGAAUCCGAAGGCUGGAGUGUCGAUACCGAUUUAGAAGACCUCUCAGCUAACGGACCGCCACUCGAAACUAUCGCAUCGACGGAUGAAGAACGUGAGGCUGCCGCGCUCGCUCAAUUAAAAGCACUUGCAUCCUUCUCAUCAACUACGGAUCCCCAGUCCGAGCUAACGCUGAUCCUGAAGAACUCACAUAUCGGGGGACAUAAGUUUGCAGGGAACGUCAUCAUCUACUUCCCGCAAGGCUCCAGCAUCUGGUACGGCCGCGUGACCCCACACGAGAUACCCUCCAUCGUCCACCAAACCAUCCAAAGUGGAAAAGUCCUCCCUCAGCUCUUGCGUGGAGCACUUGGCGUCUCGAGGCCUGGAUGCCACAGUUUACUGGAGUGGUAG